AGUGACAGGCAAGAAUAAUGGUCAAGAAACGGAUCCCCACCAUCUGCGAGUGGGCUCUCGGAUUUACUGUCGAUGACUAUGUUGGGGAGUACGAGAGACGGCGCCAAAGACAUGAGGGCCGCACCAAGCAACGCGAGCGAUUCCGCGUCGAAGUCUCCACCGACGAUGAGUCGGAAGAGGAAACGAUCAAGAUUACCUACCCCCGAUCUGGCAGCCCCAAGGAGAAAGCCGCCGAAACGAAGAAGCCCGCUGAAGGGAAGAAGGUCCAUUUUGACAAGGAACCCCUUAAAUCGGCUCUCAAGAAGACUACAGACUCGGAAGAAGUAACCACUAACACCGGAGACACAUCCGACACCGACUCUUCAACUAAGAAUACGGGUUCUAAUCAGGAGGGGGGCGAGGACGCCUCGGAGUCCUCCCAUACGGACUCUCCUCAGAAAGGAACGAACAAAGCUGAUGUUUCUGAUGCGAACACGUCCACUUCCGAAUCUGGGCCUAAUGAUGAAACGGCCUCUCGGGCCUCCAAGAAGGACAAGAAAUCGUCGAAGAAAAAACGGUCUCGCGAUUCUGGAGACAUCCCGGUUGAUGCAUCCCCUGAAGAUGAGGACCAGGAGUCCGAGCACAAGAAAAAGACCAAAGAUAAUGCAAAGAACAAAGAAGAGCCUGAUGUCGAGACUGCAGAUUCGAAGUCAAGCCGGUCCUGCAAGUCUAAGAAAAGCAACCAAUCCAGCAAACAACCCAACGCUCAGAAAGCUUCCGACAAUAAUAUAGGACCUCUGAGUGACACCGAAACAGAGGCCUUGAAGGCCGUGUCCGAGAAGAAGAGUAAGACAAAGAAUCGGCCAAAAAAAAGGCAGGCGGCGGGCAAAGUGCAACCCGAGGCUUUGAUUGCUCAUCAUGUUCGCCAACCAAAUCUCAUCAUGCCCGUUCGUGCCGAGAUACUGCAGGUCGAACAUGCCAUGGAAGGAAUGGAAGACCCCAGACCUAACGCCUUUCACGAUGCACAACACAACGUACUUCGUGUCUAUCACGGUCCUGUGUACGGAAAUCCCAAUGGCAUGUUGUACCCUCGUCGAGAUCCUUCGAGAUCUGCCCUGCCAAUAGGCACUCCCCAUCCUCUGGCGAACCCUUACUUCUACGGCUUCGCACAUCCUGCCAAUCCCGGCAACAUCCAGUUCCAGAAUCAGUCGCCUUGGAAUCAAAUCGCUUAUCCCGCGAUGUUCGGUCCCCCUAUGAUGGCACCUCCAAGCCCAGCUCAAGCGAAGCCGGCCCAAGCUGCAGCUGAACCUUCCCCCGCCGGCACCGGUGCUGCUGCCGAGCCCACCCAGGCCCAAGAUAAACCUACCGAACGUGAGACGGAGGAGAUAUCACCACCUCAGAAUCCUCCCCCCCAGGAGAGGUCUGGAACCGUUGAAGAAACGGCCUCUGAGAGGGCCAAGAAGAAAGGUAAAGGUCGGGACUCUGGCAUUGCACAGCAGGUAUCUCAACCUAGCCAGAAUUCUGUUCCUAUAAAUGUCAAUAUGUACUCGUAUGGAAGUCGGCCAGACCCCUGGAGUCGGGCAGGUCGCGAACGAUACGCCAAACUGAACCAAGCCUCGAACUCUAGCGCAGAAAGCCCUGAAAAGGGCGGAUUACGACAAGAAACGAAAGACUUCUGGGAUGGUAGUUGCAGAAACAAUCGAGGCCCGGCCAUGUAUGACCGGGACGCUGCCAACCGUGCUGCAGACAUCUCCAGAUCAAAUGCCGUGCAUCCUGACCUCAGGUGGUCCCCACGUCCCGAGCAACAACAGCCAUCUAGCCCUCAAGAUGGCAUGGACAAUGGAAAUGCGGAUGGCUGGCAUAAUCAGGCCUCGCCCGAAGCGAACAAGAACUGGAACAACGACAACUGGGGCAACAGCAACAAUUGGGAGUCCACAAACCCGCAGGGUGAUGUGCCGUGGGGUGCAACCAAUCCACAAGAGAACUGGGAUGCAGCCGCCACAGAUGGCAACUGGACCGAGCCGGCCAACAAUAUCGGCGUAAGCAGCGGCCAGUCCAACGCCUCUGGGGGAUCUAAGAAAUCAUUGAAAUCCAACUCGCCAAAGCAAGAUUUGGCGACGAAUCUGGGGCCAACUAGUAAUGAAAUCGACGCAAAGGGUGAUGAUAUUAAUGUGAAGUCUUCCACCAUGCCUGGUGCUUGGGACUCCGGUGUUGCUGGGGAAAACGAUGCCGGUUGGGACCAGACCACCAAAGUCGUUGACAACGGUGGUUACUCCUGGGGCGACACCUCGGCCGCCCAAGUUGGUAUGUGGUGACUUAGUUCUACUGGACGAAGGAGAUGACGAGUAGUCAAUUAAGGGGUGGAUUUUCUCGGCUUGGGGAUACCACGGUAUGUUCAGUGGUGGUUUAUAUCCCGGGAUUCUACAUGCGGCGACGGGUCAAGUUGGGAUCUCGGAUGAUUAUUAACGGGGGCUUUUUUCUAACUGGCGUGGGUUGUUACCUGCUUUCUCUUUAAAUAGGUCGUAUGGUUCGGGAUGGGAUGUUGGGGGAGCCAAGUAGGAAUGAAUCUGGCUUUACGGAAUAGACUUAACGGUGCUUUUCUGUGCUCAAGAUACGUACGUCUAGUCUAGUCUGC